AGACUCAAACCUCACCACAUCUAGCUAUAUUAGCUUACUUGCUCUCCAUCACCUCUCCCUGCACCAUGCCUUACAACUGCUGCCUGCCCAACCUGAGCUGCCGCUCCACCUGCUCCUCCCGGCCCUGCGUGCCCCCCAGCUGCCAUACCUGCACCCUGCCUGGGGCCUGCAACAUCCCCGCCAAUGUGGGCAACUGUGGCUGGUUCUGCGAGGGCUCCUUCAAUGGCAGCGAGAAGGAGACCAUGCAGUUCCUGAACGACCGCCUGGCCAGCUACCUGGAGAAGGUCCGUCAACUGGAGCGGGAGAACGUGGAGCUGGAGAGCCGCAUCCGGGAGUGGUGCCAGCAGCAGGUGCCUUUCGUGUGUCCCAGCUACCAGUCCUACUUCCGGACCAUCGAGGAGCUGCAGCAGAAGAUCCUGUGUGCCAAGUCUGAGAACACCAGGCUGGUGGUGCAGAUCGACAAUGCCAAGUUGGCCUCUGAUGACUUCAGAACCAAGUACCAAACAGAGCUGAGCUUGAGGCAGCUUGUGGAGUCAGACAUCAAUGGCCUGCGCCGGAUCCUGGAUGAGCUGACCCUGUGCAAGUCUGACCUGGAGGCCCAGGUGGAGUCCCUGAGGGAGGAGCUGCUGAGCCUCAAGAGGAACCACGAGGAGGAAGUCAACACCCUGCGCUGCCAGAUUGGAGACCGCCUCAACGUGGAGGUGGAUGCUGCCCCCACAGUGGACCUGAACCGUGUGCUCAACGAGACCAGGAGUCAGUAUGAGGCCCUGGUGGAGACCAACCGCAGGGACGUGGAGGAAUGGUUCACCACCCAGACUGAGGAGCUGAACAAGCAGGUCGUGUCCAGCUCGGAGCAGCUGCAGUCCUGCCAGGCAGAGAUCAUCGAGCUGAGACGCACGGUCAAUGCCUUGGAGAUUGAGCUCCAGGCCCAGCACAACCUGAGGGACUCCCUGGAGAACACGCUGACAGAGACUGAGGCGCGCUACAGCUCUCAGCUGAACCAGGUGCAGUGCAUGAUCACCAACGUGGAGUCCCAGCUUGCUGAGAUCAGGUGUGACCUGGAGCGGCAGAACCAGGAGUACCAGGUGCUGCUGGAUGUCAAGGCCCGGCUGGAGUGUGAGAUCAACACGUACCGGGGUCUGCUGGAGAGCGAGGACUGCAAGCUCCCCUGCAACCCAUGUGCCACCACCAAUGCUUGCGGCAAUUCCUGUGGAUGCUGUGGCAACUCUCAAACACGUUGCUCUUAAAUAAGAACUUGCAUCCUCUUUGAAGACGACAAUGAAGCUAUUCAGAUCAAGCACAGGAAAGGUCCUUGGGUCUUGCCUUUGCUGGAGCUCAGCUGCCAAUUAGAAACCUAGACAUGCCAAAUAUAUUUCUAGACAUGGAAAUUCUUUCCAGAUUCAACAAGAAAAGACACACAUCAUCAACUUCUAAUGUCUGGAAAAUCCCUUCCUGUUGAAGUUUGAGUGUCUUUGUUUCUAAAGAUGUACAGCUCCCUGUAAUCCAAGCUCCAGGGUUUACUUUUAGGGCAUUUUCUGUAUGUAUUGUGUUUUCUGCUUUUCUAGCUUCUUUGGUAUUCUCUGGAAUACAAGGAAGCUACUUCAUAUACUUCCCAAUAAACUUUAUUUCUCUGGCAUAGCAAA